AGACCGUGGAGUUCAAUUAUUCUUACAAAACAGAGAAACAAAAGCUGAGCGGUCUGGUCUGAUGCGCAGCGUAACUUAACGUAACGAACGAUGCCAUCUUCCGCACCAAUCUCAUCGCCGUCUUCUCUCGCUCUCCUCUCAACCAAAACUCGAUCUCCACUCUCCUUCUUCCUCCUCACUCCCCCCAAACCCCUAAUCUUCUCCUCCACAACCAGAACCCCCGAUCUUCCUUCUUCCCUUUUCGCUUCCCGGCGACCUCGCGAUUUCAUCAACGGGAGGGAUGAGUUCGUCGACGGUGCGCGGAGCUGGAACCGGAAGAUCAGACCGGAGUACGGGUUCGACGACGAGGAUUACGAAGACGAGCACGAGGAGGAGGAAGAAGAAGAUAGAAGCUUGGAUCUUUUACUUAGGUUCGUGGAGAAUGUCUUCAGAAAGGUUUCAAAGAGAGCGAGGAGAGCCGUUAGAACAAUCUUGCCUGUUUCCAUCUCCACGAAGCUCGUGGGUUUCUCAGUGAAUGGUGUACUUAUACUUGCGUUUUUGUGGAUCUUGAAGGCCUUUCUCGAGGUAGCUUGCACACUUGGGACUAUUGUAUUUACGAGCAUUCUACUUAUACGGGGGCUUUGGGCUGGUGUAGCAUACGUACAAGAAAGCCGCAACAACAGGAUCAACGAACUCGCUGAUGACCCUCGUGCUUGGAACGGGGUGCAACCAGCUUCUUGAUUAUAAUUCGCUUUAUGCUUCAGCAGAAUCUCAAGUUUCUAGACUUUCGAGAGCCAAGAUGGGCUAAGGUUCUCCGAAGGCAAUAAAAUCACAGCUGAGUUCUGAAUCAGAAAGCAGUUACAGUGGAUGGAUGUUCAUUUGCUAUAUGUGGUGAUUUAGUAAUUAAAAGAACAAAAUGUAAUAUUUGUAGCAUUUUACUAAGUCAGCUAUGGAAGCUUGGCAUGUAGCAUUUCUUGGUUUUCUAAAUAAAUAAACGAAUAUAUAGAUCUCA